GCUUUACCUCUCUCCUCCAAAAGUCACAAAUAGAUAAGGAAGUCGGGAGGAUAACCAUUUUUCAACUUCAUCUUCUUCCUCUCACUCUCUCUCAAAAAUGGCGCAGACUCUGGCGACGCCAGUAGCACCAUCAGUGUCUCUAAUAUGCAACACUAAGCCUUCGAUUUCUCUCUCCUCAUCUUCUCUCUCUUUCCGCUCCAUAAACCCUUCCAAGUAUGUUGGUGGGUUAAGCAUAAAAUGUGUUCGUGUUGGUAAUGUUGAAAUCCCAAACAACAAAAGGGUGGAAUACUCUCUUCAGUAUAUCCAUGGAAUUGGGCGUUCUAGGGCUAAGCAAAUUCUUUCUGAUUUGAGUUUGCAGAACAAACUCACUAAAGAAUUAUCUGAUGAUGAACUUAUCCAGGUCAGAGAUGAAGUCUCCAAGUACAUGAUCGAGGGCGACCUGAGGCGAUUCAAUGCUAUAGCAAUUAGGCGAUUGAAGGAGAUACAAUGCUACAGAGGGAUAAGGCACAUUCAGAGUUUACCUUGCCGCGGACAACGAACCAAGAACAACUGCAGGACUUUGAAGAGGGGAAAAAGAGUUCAAAUUGCUGGCAAGAAGAAGCCCCCUGGUCCUAAAUAGUUGAACUGGUUUGCCUCUUUUCUCUUCCUGUAAUGUAAUUGGUUGCAAUAUGGGCAUUCGGCUUUUCUAAUUGUAGUUGCUCAGAAUGCAUUGCUUGUAAUUUUGUAAUUUUGAUUAAUAUCUCCAGCAGUUAUUGCUUCAAAGUUUAAAUUUCCUUAUUUGCUUA